AUGGUUUAUGGUUCACUCAUCAGAAUACCUGGUGAUGCUUUUUUCAAGAAGACUGAACAAAAAGAUUCAGACAUACCCCAAUUUGUUUCAGAUGUAAAACAAUAUAUGAACCGACUGAAACCUGUGCAAAUAGCUCACAAAGUAAAACAGACACCAUUUGUAUACAAGGACCUCAGCAUGUCAACACACACAUUUGUAAGGAUUGACAUGAUUAAAAAGUUGUUAGAACCUCCAUGUGAAGGCCCAUACAAAGUCGUGGAAAGAAUACCAAAUUUUUUUGGACUCAAAAUGAAAGACCAACUAAAAAACAUUUCUAUCGACCGAUUGAAACCAGCAUAUUUGCUAAAAGAAGACAUUAAAUUGCCAGAAGAUACUCCUGUUUCACCACCACCCCAGGAUAAACAACCUGAAGAUAAAAACCCACGCACAUCAAGAUUGGGUCAAGUAAUUAGAUUUCCCACAAGACUAGUGGAAGUGGUACAGUGA